AUGAACCUCUUCCGGUUCUGCUCCGGUCUGAAAGUCCUCGGCUACUUCAUGAUCCUUCUCGUCUUCGCCGUCGUCGCCGUUUCUUACUACGCCGUCGUGGUUAACACAUGGUGGCCGAUCUUAAUAGAAAGCAGCAAUAGAGGUCUCUCAGCUCUCGCAUGCCUAAUCAUAUCUCUCUUCCAUUUCCUGCUGGUGAUGCUGUUGUGGAGUUACUUUACUGUUGUCUUUACGGAUCCAGGUUCUGUUCCUGAGCAUUUCAGAAGAGAGCUUGGGGGUGGUGAGAGUUUGGAGGCUGGUACUUCCACAGAUCAAGGAGCUUUUGGUUCUAUAGGUUACUGUCCGAAGUGCAGGAAUGUUAAGCCGCCUCGUUGCCAUCACUGUUCUGUCUGUCAAAGAUGUGUUCUGAAGAUGGAUCAUCACUGUGUUUGGAUUGUUAAUUGUGUUGGAGCUCGAAAUUACAAGUUUUUCCUUCUCUUUCUGUUGUAUACUUUUCUGGAGACAAUGUUGGAUGUUGUAGUGUUGCUUCCUAGUUUCAUCAAGUUCUUCAGCGAAGCUAUAAAGCAUUCCUCUUCACCUGGGAAACUGGCCUCCCUCGUUCUGGCUUUCGUUCUUAACUUAGCGUUCGUUCUCAGCCUUCUCUGUUUCGUAGUCAUGCAUCUCUCUCUUCUCUCAACCAACACUACUUCUGUUGAGGUUCAUGAGAAAAACGGAGAUGUCAGAUGGAAAUAUGACUUGGGAAAGAAGAAAAACUUCGAGCAAGUUUUUGGGAAGAAGAAGGCAUUUUGGCUCUUUCCCUUGUACUCUAAAGAUGAUCUCCAUAGCAUAACUUCACUUCAAGGCCUUGAGUUUCCAACUCGUUCUGACAUCGAUCCUUGA